GGAGCUGCGGGAGGUGCACUGCAGAGGGAGCCCGGACAACCCAGGUGAUGACCUGAAAAAAUCAUGUCUGAGGUCCAGGGAACGGUCGAGUUUUCUGUGGAGCUACACAAAUUCCAUAAUGUGGACCUCUUCCAGAGAGGGUAUUACCAAAUAAGAGCUGGACUGAAAAUCCCAUCAAGGAUUCCCCACAGGCUGUUUGCUACGAUUGCAGGACAGACUGGUGAUUCCAGCCUUUGCUCAGCCUGUGUUCAUGAAAACAACGUUUACAGCAGAAUAUUUCAGAUUUUGUACAGAAAUGAAGAGAUUAUUCUCAAUGAAUCAAUGAACUUCAGAGUGCACCUGCUUCUGGAUGGAGAAAGGGUGGAAGAUGCAUUGAGUGAGGCAGAUUUUCAGCUCAAGUUGGACCUGCACUUUACUGAUAGUGAACAACAGCUGAGAGACGUUCCAGCGAUCCCCAUGAUCAGCAGCCGUACCCUGUGCCUCCACUUCCACCCUCGGAGAGGUCUGCACCAUCAUGUUCCUGUCAUGUUUGACUAUUUCCACCUGUCAGUGAUAUCUGUCACAGUGCACGCCUCACUGGUAGCAUUACACCAGCCUCUGAUCAGUUUUGCCCGUCCAGGGAAAGGUUCAUGGCUUGGUAAAGGCAACCUGGAGGUGGGACCAGACCAGUCCAGUAUGUCAUUAGAAAAUCUAGUGUUUGGAGCUGGCUACUGCAAACCCACUUCUUCAGAGAGUAGUUUUUAUGUCCCAUCUGAAAACUGCAUGCAGCAUGCAUACAAAUGGCAUAAGGACCUCUGUCUUCUGCUCUUGAAUGCUCAAAGAGGACUUCACAUGUAUUACAACCUCAUAAUGAAAGAAAUUCCAGAUUUACCACAGCUCAAGUUGGAGGAGCUAUCUCCAGAAGAGACGCUAUCUCAGCUUUGUAUGGAGCUGCAGCUGCUGAGCAAUCCAGAGAAGAUAGCAGAACAGAUAAGCAAGGACCUUGCCUGGCUUUGCUCCCACCUCCUGACCCUGUGGACCCAGUUCCUGGAGGUGGCAACACUCCACCCAGAAGUAACAGCGUAUCUGACUCAGGAACAUCACAUGCUAAGGGUGAGGAGAUUCUCAGAAGCCUUCUUCUACACCGUGCACCAGAAAGAAGCUGUGCUCACAUUCCAGGAAGGCUUGAUUCAAAGUCAUGGACAGAUUUCUACAGAAAUUCGUAAUUCAGAGUAUUUCACCAGCAUGCCCCCACUCCCAGCAGAAUGCCUCGACAUAGAUGGGGACUGGAACACACUUCCAGUUAUUUUUGAAGAUAGGUACAUGGAUAUGCCUUGCAAAGCUGAGAAUUUAGAAGUUUUCCCAGACUUUGAGAUGCCUGUGAAUACUCAGAUGGAUGUAAUAGAUGCUAACGAAGAUUUUGCAUCUAGUGAUUCCACUGCAGUAAUGAAAGGAGACUUUGGGAAAGGUUCUCUGCUGAUACACACAGAUAGGAUAAUUGUGAAUCCCUCCUGCAUGCACAGUGGUACUGCAGGUGCUGCUUAUACAGUUAAGGGUUUAAACCAGCACUCCACAUCUCAGGUAUGUACAGUGAACAAAGAAGGCCAAAGGAAACGUGAAAAUAUUUUCCUUUCAAGUAAGGGAACUACUUCUGACUCAGAGCCAGGCAAUACAGAAUGCACAUCAGAAGACUUUGAAACACCUGAGGAAGUGUUAUUAAAGGACAACAGACUUCCAGUGGAUGUUACCUGUGGAAAUACAAAACCUAGCAAUAAGGAUUCCCACAAAAGUGAGCCCAUGUUAAUUGUCAGUGGUCAGCAUGAUUGUGGAUCAUGUGGAACUGAUGGCUUGGAAGGCAGGACUGAAUUACAUAAACCAGAUGAAUCUGGUCAUCCUGAGAAUAAUUUAACUUCAUCUGAGCUUGCACUGAAUGAAUUAACCAGUCUUGAAAAACCAGGAGACCCCGACACCAAAGCUCUGCUCCCAGUUUUGAAAGCUUUGCCCACACACAGCUUUGAAGUGAAAUUGUUCCCAAAGGAGCAACGAGGUGAGGAGAGUGAAGAUUUUACUCAAAUGUCUGGGAUUAUCAAAAGAUCCUCCUCUCUAAUCUCUGACUCCGGCAUCGAAAGCGAGCCGAGCUCAGUGGCGUGGUCUGACGCUCGCAGCCGGGUGCUGGAGCUGCCCAGUGACAGGGAGAUCCUGCACCCCUUGGUCCGGAGGCACGGAACCCAUCGGAAUUCCUUGGAGGGUGGCCACACAGAAAGCAACGCCAGCUUGCCCAGUGGGAUCCAAGCGUCGCUCACAUCCAUCAGCUCUUUGCCCUUUGAGGAAGAGGAGAGGGAAGUGGAGCUCAACAAACUGACGAAAUCUGUCUCAGCUCCUCAGAUCAGUAGCCCAGAAGAGCCUGCAGAAGAUGUGGAUAUAUCCAAGCAUGGUGAAGCAACCUCAGGAGAUUCAGGAGGAAACUUAAAAAGUUGCACGGAAACAGCAGGUGAAAAUGGAAAAUCAGUCGUGGACUUUUCUGAGUGUCAAAUCCCCACGGAAAGUGGAAAACAUGAACCAAGAGGACAUUCAAACCCCUCCAUCAAACACAGUAGCAGUAACACUGAGUUACAAGGGGAAGAGGAGAAAGAAGGUUUUCCAGUGACGUACUAUAGUUUGGAAAAUGAAAAACCACCCAGUUAUCCAAAGCAGCUCCCAGAGUGCCAGUCACUGGAGAGCAAUGGUGAAUGCAGCUUAAAAACACCAAGGGCUUGUAAUUACUUGAACAAAAAUAUGGAUAAGCUUGAUACGUGCACUGAGGAUCCAAAGGAUAAACUUACACCAGACACUUUAAAAACACAACGAGACUUUUACUCCAGUAGCAGAAUUUCAGGAGAGGAGAGCUUCUCACAAGGCAUAAAGCUGGUACCAGAUUUUUGCUAUCCUGUUCCAGCUUCUUCAGAGACCUCAACUGAAUUUGGCUCUACACAAGGAGAGUGUGGUAGCUCUCUUGCUGAUGAGAGCCCUGCAGUGUAUUCAGAAAUGCAGGGGUUACAAGAAAUUGAGCUCAACGACUCUCCUGCCUCAGCAGAACCUGCCAUAGGCUCCUGCCAAGCUGGAUAUUCCCAGGAACCCAAGAGUCAAGAACAUGAUCUCGUAGCUAAUGGCACUGGGUUUCAUUUGGCCACAACGGAUGGAGUAGCCCUGGAAAGCAGAAAGGCUGUGGAUGUGGUUAACCUGUCUGUCUCGUGCACAGCCACUUGUCUUCCUUUUUCUUCUGUGCUCAAAGAGACCCCUGCCAUGGUUGGGUUCUCUGCAAAGCAGGCUGCAUCCCCCAUCACACGCCAGCCACUGGGCUCUUUCGGAGUUGUCUCUUCCAAUUCAGAGGAGAUGGCUGCAGAGACUAACGAAAGGAUGCUGAAUUUUUAUCAGGCCAAAGAAAAAUUUAAAAAAGAAAUGAAGAUUGAAGGAUUUCUGUACAGUGACUUAUCUGUACUAGCUUCUGAUAUCCCAUAUUUUCCACCAGAGGAAGAGGAAGAAAAUUUGGAAGAUGGAAUUCACCUGGUUGUCUGUGUCCAUGGAUUGGAUGGUAACAGUGCAGAUUUACGGCUGGUAAAGACUUUUAUAGAACUGGGACUCCCUGGUGGAAAACUGGACUUCCUAAUGUCUGAAAGAAAUCAGACUGAUACUUUUGCUGAUUUUGAUACAAUGACUGACCGAUUAUUGGAUGAAAUCAUUCAGCAUAUCCAGUUGUACAACCUCUCCAUAUCCCGAAUAAGUUUUAUUGGACAUUCCCUUGGUAACGUCAUCAUUCGAUCUGUACUAACUCGCCCCAGGUUUCGCUAUUACCUCAACAAGUUACACACCUUCUUGUCCCUCUCUGGGCCUCACCUGGGAACCCUUUACAACAACAGUACUUUGGUUAGUACAGGUCUGUGGCUCAUGCAGAAGUUGAAGAAGUCAGGGUCACUUUUGCAGCUGACCUUCAGGGACCACGCAGACCUGCGCAAGUGUUUCCUCUACCAGCUCAGCCAAAAAACAGGUCUUCAGUACUUCAAAAAUGUUGUGUUAGUGGCCUCACCCCAAGACAGAUAUGUACCCUUUCAUUCAGCAAGAAUAGAAAUGUGCAAAAAUGCAGUUAAGGACAGACAUACAGGUCCUGUUUAUGCAGAAAUGAUUAACAACCUGCUCCAGCCCUUGAUUGGAGCAAAGGACUGCACUUUGAUCAGACACAACGUGUUCCAUGCUCUGCCAAACACCGCCAACACAUUAAUAGGCCGGGCUGCCCACAUUGCUGUGCUGGACUCUGAACUUUUCCUGGAGAAGUUCUUCCUUGUGGCAGGACUCAACUACUUCAAAUAGUGCCUGAAGCACAGGGUAACAGAAGCAAACCUUUUCACUGAAUGGAGGAGAAUCCCUUGGCCAAGAGAGUGCAGUGUUAGAAAUGAGAUCAGGUGGGACUUUCAAACUUUCCAUUUCUGUUUCAGAGAAUAAAGUUCUAUGGCUUCAAGGCAUUCAAACUUCCAAAUAUUGGUGCUUUUGGAAGAAAUAAAUAAUCCUUUUCAGUU